AAACCACAAGACGAGACGAGACGAGACGAGACGAGAGUGUUGAACUUGAACAGAGGCAGCACCAAACCCUCGUCGCGCCCGUGCUCUCACCCCGGCCAGCGGCAUCUGAGAUUCGCGCCUCGCCGGCCAUGGGCGGCGACUGGCAGGAGCUGGCCCAGUCGGCGGUCAUCGGCCUCAUCUUCGCCUUCCUCGUCGCCAAGCUCAUCUCCGUCGUCCUCGCCUUCAAGGAGGACAACCUCCGCAUCACCCGCUCCGCCCCCGCCCCCUCCCCCUCCCCCUCGCCCGACGCCGCCGCCCCCUCGCCCUCCCCCGCGCUCGAUGGCGGCGACAGCGACAGCGACAGCGACGGCGACUGGGAGGGUGUGGAGAGCACGGAGCUCGACGAGGACUUCAGCGCCGCCUCCGCCUUCGUCGCCGCCUCCGCCGCCGGCGUCCCCGAGGAGGCCCAGCUCCGCCUCUACGGCCUCUACAAGAUCGCCACCGAGGGCCCCUGCACCGCGCCACAGCCCUCCGCCCUCAAGCUCAAGGCCCGCGCCAAGUGGAAUGCUUGGAAUAAAUUGGGUGCUAUGCCUACAGAAGAAGCUAUGGAGGAGUACAUAACAAUUGUUGAUGAGAUAUUCCCUAACUGGGCUGAUGGCUCGAAAAAGAAAGAUGGGGAAACUACAAUGUCUGCAUCAGGUUCGAAGGGACCAAUGGGACCUGUAUUUAGCAGUUUAAUGUACGAGGAAGAUCAAGGAAAUGAAUCAGAACUCGGUGACAUCCAUGUUUCUGCAAGGGAAGGAGCAAUUGAUGACGUUAAAAAGCAUCUGGCUGCUGGUGUACAAAUCAACAUAAGAGAUAGCGAAGAGAGAACUCCGUUGCACUGGGCUGUGGACCGUGGGCAUCUAGAUGCUGUCGAGGUUCUUGUCAGUUCAAACGCAGACGUGAACGCUCAGGACAACGAAGGGCAGACAGCGCUCCACUACGCCGUCCUCUGCGAGAGGGAGGACAUCGCCGAACUGCUCGUCAAGCACCACGCCGAUCUCCAGAUCAAGGAUGGCGAUGGGAACACCGCCCAGGACCUAUGCUCCUCAUCCUGGCCGUUCAUGAAGCCGGCAAACUGACGGUGCAGUGAACCCGAUGAUAUGAGUUGACGCCUACUACUGCCACUACUAGUACCAAGAAACUAUACACACCGUGCUUGAUCAGCUGAAUCAGAUGAGAGCCGUUUUACCAACCUCAUCGAAUACACUGUCGAAAGAUAACUCAGUGCAGGGUAGACAUCUUUGUAGUAGUAUUUGCCUGUUUCAUACAGUUUUUAGUGUGUUUGUGCUGCAAUCCAACCGUUUGGCAGGAAACAUGUCGGUAUCAGGAUUCAGGUCUCGUAUCCUCAUAUUGUCAAUAUGCAUGCAUCUUAACAGCA